CAGUUCCCCUCCUCUAUAUAAUCCCCCAAACAAUUCUCCGGUCUCUCACAUAUAUUAUUAAUCAAAAAAAUUCGUUCGUAAAAAACAUUCUCAGUUAUUAUUAUUUUUUAAUCAGAAUUCUAUAAUCAAUGGCGGACACAGAGACGUUUGCAUUCCAAGCGGAGAUCAACCAGCUGUUGAGUCUCAUCAUCAACACUUUUUACAGCAACAAAGAGAUCUUUCUCCGUGAGCUCAUCAGCAACUCCUCCGAUGCUCUUGAUAAGAUACGGUUUGAGAGCUUGACUGACAAGAGCAAGCUAGAUGGACAGCCAGAGCUUUUCAUCCAUAUCAUCCCAGACAAGACUAACAACACCUUGACAAUCGUCGACAGUGGAGUUGGAAUGACUAAGGCUGACUUGGUGAACAAUUUGGGUACCAUUGCAAGGUCUGGCACCAAAGAGUUCAUGGAAGCUAUUGCUGCUGGUGCGGAUGUUAGCAUGAUUGGACAGUUCGGUGUCGGUUUCUACUCUGCAUAUUUGGUUGCUGAUAAAGUUGUGGUUACAACUAAACACAAUGAUGAUGAGCAGUAUGUCUGGGAGUCUCAAGCUGGUGGGUCGUUCACGGUUACCAGGGACACUUCUGGUGAAAACCUUGGCAGGGGUACUAAGAUGACACUCCACCUAAAGGAGGAUCAGCUUGAAUACCUUGAGGAGCGUAGGCUUAAGGAUUUGAUUAAGAAACAUUCUGAGUUCAUCAGCUAUCCAAUUUCUCUCUGGAUUGAAAAGACUACCGAAAAAGAAAUUUCUGAUGAUGAAGAUGAGGAGGAGAAGAAAGACGAAGAAGGCAAAGUGGAAGAAGUAGAUGAAGAGAAGGAAAAAGAAGAGAAGAAAAAGAAGAAGAUUAAGGAAGUGUCUCAUGAAUGGUCUUUGGUGAACAAGCAAAAGCCUAUUUGGAUGAGAAAACCAGAAGAAAUCACCCAGGAAGAGUAUGCUGCUUUUUACAAGAGUUUAACUAAUGAUUGGGAAGAUCAUUUGAAUGUGAAGCACUUUUCAGUUGAGGGUCAGUUGGAAUUCAAGGCCAUUCUUUUUGUUCCCAAGAGAGCACCUUUUGAUCUCUUUGACACCAAGAAGAAGCCUAACAACAUCAAGCUCUAUGUCCGCCGUGUCUUUAUCAUGGACAAUUGUGAGGAACUCAUUCCUGAGUACUUGAGCUUUGUAAAGGGUAUUGUCGAUUCUGAGGAUCUUCCUCUCAACAUUUCUCGAGAGAUGCUGCAGCAAAACAAGAUUCUCAAGGUGAUUCGCAAGAAUUUGGUCAAGAAGUGCAUCGAGCUGUUCCAGGAGAUUGCUGAAAACAAGGAAGAUUAUAACAAGUUUUAUGAAGCUUUCUCUAAGAAUCUCAAGUUGGGUAUCCAUGAGGAUUCUCAAAACAAGACUAAGUUAGCUGAGUUGCUUCGAUAUCAUUCCACCAAGAGCGGGGAUGAGAUGACCAGCUUGAAGGAUUAUGUCACAAGGAUGAAAGAGGGCCAAAGCGACAUCUAUUACAUUACUGGUGAAAGCAAGAAGGCUGUCGAGAACUCACCGUUUUUGGAGAAGCUGAAGAAAAAGGGUUAUGAGGUGUUGUACAUGGUUGAUGCUAUUGACGAGUAUGCAGUGGGUCAACUCAAGGAGUUUGAGGGGAAGAAAUUGGUUUCUGCAACAAAGGAAGGUUUGAAACUCGAUGAGAGUGAAGAUGAGAAAAAGAAGAAAGAAGCUUUGAAGGAAAAGUUUGAGGGUCUGUGCAAGGUGAUCAAGGAUGUUUUGGGCGAUAAGGUGGAAAAGGUGGUUGUUUCUGAUCGUGUGGUGGAUUCUCCCUGUUGUUUAGUUACUGGUGAAUAUGGUUGGACUGCAAACAUGGAAAGAAUAAUGAAGGCACAGGCUUUGCGGGAUUCAAGCAUGGCUGGUUACAUGUCAAGCAAGAAGACCAUGGAAAUCAACCCUGAGAACCCGAUCAUGGAGGAGCUAAGGAAGAGAGCUGAUGCCGACAAGAAUGACAAGUCAGUCAAGGACUUGGUGCUGCUGCUAUUUGAGACAUCAUUGCUCACCUCUGGGUUCAGUCUUGAUGACCCCAACACAUUUGGCAACAGGAUUCAUAGGAUGUUGAAGCUUGGUUUGAGCAUUGAUGAGGAUGCUGCAGAUGGUGAUGUUGAUAUGCCCUCUCUUGAGGAAGCUGAUGGUGAUGCAGAGAGCAAGAUGGAGGAGGUGGACUAAAUGGAAACACCAAAAUCUGCUCUUUUAUAUCUUGAUUGGCUUUUGGAACUUGAUUGAAUGUGUUGAGCUUGGUCAUGUUUAGUUUUUUGUUAUUUUUCUUAGUACUUUUUGGUGUCAAAUUUGAUGCUUUCUACCAAACAAUAUGCUAUGAUGUUGGGUGCCAAACUUGCACGGUUGAAUUUCAUGUCUAAUUUCUAGUU